UCUGUCCCACGUUUUCUUGUUUUGAUGGAGCGGUUUGGCGCGUCGAGGGCAUGCCGAGGGGGAUUUUGACCAUUUUCCACGUGAUCCUUUGCGAGGCAGGCGAGGAUGAAUCCCAAGAAACAAAGACGAAGGAAGGGACAAAAAGUUGGGAGUAGGACAAGUGCACAGAAUGACCAGGCACAUGGCAAGCGGCUGCAGAAGAGUGAUUCAAAGGUGAAAAAGAAACACUUCCGCUGGGCCCUUGAGCUGCUUCACACGGCCGUCUGUGGUCACCGCUGGGAAGAUGCGCUCCUAAUGCUGCCUUGCGUCAUUACACAGAUGGCGCCGCACCUCCCCGUCGACUUCCUGUGGCGGAUGACGGACGUGAUCACCAGGAACAUUCCGGGAAUCUCCGAAGCUGAGAGGAAGAAGUUCUGGCCGCUGGUGCACAAUAUGAAAGUCAAGCCGUACAUGUUCCUGGAUAUCUUGUCGCAGGACCUGGCCAGGGCGACGGAGAAGGACACGGAUGAGCUCCUUCAGAUGAUAGAGGACAUUCAAAACCACCGUCUGUACAACUUGUCCAAAGGUAAAAGGCGGUUCCAGGCUCUCUCGGAUGGUUACAUUGGCCUCAUCCACUACAACAGGUGGAAGAAUUCUGUAGCGGCCUUAUCAUCCUCCCUGAAGGUGGACCCGGAUGACGACCUCUUCCCGUCGAGCUUCCCCGAGAGCAAGGAGGAGGUAUGGAGUGAGAUGCGCAGGAGGGAGAUAGCUCGGAAGGCACACUCAAUCCUCAAGAAGGCCCUCAGCAACCUGGACGAGCCUUGCGAGUGGUUCAUGAUGCAAUACCUCGAACUGGAGGCGCAUCUCAACGGACAGGAGGCAGCCGUCAGCGCCCUGGAGAAGUACAAGGCUGACCCACGCCGUGCCCCUGCGCACCACCUGGCCCACUGCUUCUACAAGACCUUCACGCCCGCCUCAACGGAACGGCAGCUGGUGGAACUCGAGGCUAUCUGCAAGAAGAGCCCUGACGACCCUCUGGUGGUGGAGCUGGUCAACCUGUACCUGGCGGGCAUGGAUCAUGGAGGGCCGGCACUGGAGAGAGCCAUGGUGUUCGGCAGUGGCGGCGACAGUGACAGCGGCCUCGAGGACAGUGACACACCCCUCUCGGCGGCUCCCUCUGUGGUGACCUGCAGCCUGAAGUCACGUGGACACGUGGAAGCGCUGUACAGGUGUCUGGUGCUACUGGUGGGGCUGCUUGACUUCGAGGGUCACCGCUGGGACCUCGCACCCUGGCAGAAGCUGACGGAGGUGCUGGCAAAGUUCUACCAGGCGUGGGUCAGGUGCUAUACGUGUCUGUCCUGCCACAACACUCGGCGGCGGCUGCAUCGGCUGGCGGAGACGGUGGUGCCGCUGUGGAGGCAUUCCGUGUGGAGGCCGCCACCGCCGCUGCCCCGGACACUCACCCAGGCCCAGGCGCAGGUCAUCGUCCACCAUGUGUUUGCGGCGUUUAUAUUCGGCCAUGCCUGUGAGAAAUACCAGGGACAAUGUCUCUCGGCCCUGGAAGUCGGCGGACACACAGAUCAACUAGAGGAGCUGCUGGGACUCCUGAGCUUCCCCGGCGCCCACCGUAAGGACUUCAUGCUCAUGGCAGAGAGGAACAGGAAAAGAUUUCCUACAAGAAGACAUCACCAAGCUACAGGAAUGGAACAAAAAGUGGCUGCUACAAUUCACUGAAGAAAAAUAUAAAGUCCUGCAUCUUGGGAGGGGAUAUCCAGCACACCAAUACCACAUGAGAAACACUCCGCUAUCCACCACAGAGGCAGAGAAAGACCUGGGGAGUGUAUGCUACCAGGCUACCAGUGAAGGGAUAUCCAGCAUACCAAUACCACAUGGGAAACACUACCCUAUCCACCACAGAGGCAGAGAAAGACCUGGGGAGUGUAUGCUACCAGGCUACCAGUGAAGGGAUAUCCAGCACACCAAUACCACAUGGGAAACACUCCACUAUCCACCACAGAGGCAGAGAAAGACCUGGGAGUGCAUGUUACCAGGCUACCAGUGAAGGGAUAUCCAGCAUACCAAUACCACAUGGGAAACACUCCACUAUCCACCACAGAGGCAGAGAA